UCCCUCCAUGGGAAGAUGCAGCGGGCGGGGGCGGAGGAGGCGGCGGGGUCGCAGGCGGCGGCGGGGCCCGGGCGGAGCGGGGGCGGCGCGGCCUCCCCCGGGCGGCUCCUGAGGCGGGAGCUGCGGCUGCUCGAGUCCAUCUUCCACCGGGGCCACGAGCGGUUCCGCAUCGGCAGCGCCUGCCCCGACGAGAUCAGCUGCGAGUUCGUGCCCGGGCCGGGGGCCCGCGCCGGGGGGUCUGGGAGCCGGGGGCCGCCGCCGGGGCCCGUCCGCAUCCACUGCAACAUCACGGAGUCUUACCCAGCUGUUCCCCCAAUCUGGUCUGUGGAGUCGGAUGAUCCAAACCUGGCAGCUAUCCUGGAGCGGCUGGUGGAAGUCAAGAAAGGAAAUACAUUGCUUUUGCAGCACCUGAAGCGGAUAAUCUCCGACCUGUGCAAACUCUACAACCUUCCCCAGCACCCAGAUGUCGAGAUGUUGGACCAGCCUCUGCCAGCAGAACAGAGCACCCAGGAAGAGGUGUCCUCGGAGGAUGAAGAUGAGGAGAUGCCAGAGGACACUGAGGACUUGGAUCACUAUGAGAUGAAAGAGGAGGAGCCAGUCGACGGGAAAAAGACAGAGGAUGACGGCAUCGGGAAGGAAAACCUGGCCAUCUUAGAGAAAAUCAAACAGAACCAGAGGCAAGAUUACUUAAAUGGCGCAGUGUCUGGCUCUGUACAGGCCACUGACCGGCUAAUGAAGGAGCUCAGGGAUAUUUACCGAUCACCAAGUUUCAAGGGCGGAAACUAUGCAGUUGAACUAGUGAGCGACAGCCUGUACGAUUGGAACGUCAAACUCCUGAAGGUUGACGAGGAUAGCGCUUUGCACAACGAUCUCCAGAUCCUCAAAGAGAAAGAAGGGAUCGACUUCAUCCUCCUGAACUUCUCCUUUAAAGAUAACUUUCCUUUCGACCCACCGUUUGUAAGGGUUGUGUCCCCUGUGCUCUCGGGGGGGUAUGUUCUGGGGGGAGGUGCCAUCUGCAUGGAGCUGCUUACAAAGCAGGGCUGGAGCAGUGCCUAUUCUAUCGAGUCAGUGAUCAUGCAGAUCAGUGCCACGCUGGUGAAAGGGAAAGCAAGGGUGCAGUUUGGAGCCAAUAAAAAUCAGUACAGCCUGACGCGAGCACAGCAGUCCUACAAGUCCCUGGUGCAGAUUCAUGAGAAGAAUGGCUGGUACACACCGCCCAAGGAAGACGGCUAGCAUUGCCAGUUGGCUACUGCGGAAUGCUGUCCUUGGCUCAUGAAAUGCCCCUGUGGCUCCCUCCUGGGAUGUGAUAGCUCUGCCUGUUUGCAGGACAGUGGCGGCUGUUAUAAACUCGACGGGAAAAACUGUGUAAGCAGUUGGACUGAUGUGAAACUCUUGCUGGACCCUCGCUAGCAGGCGUCCUUAUUAAAACAACUCUUGAGCCUCUUGUAUCGCUGGAAACUUUCGACUCCGCUCCAGUCUAGAGCAUCCUCCUCACCUAUGCUACGGAUUUAAUUUAUUUUCUUAUUUCAUGUACACUGCUUUUUUUGGUUACAGUGUAUGAUGGAUGUGUAUGGAAAAAUGUAUCUUUGGAGAAAAAUUACAGUUUGUUAAUUUGAAAA